CUAGAGGUCCCUGGUUCGAGACCCCUUAGUGGCAUAUAGAUGCUCAACAACUUGUGUGAAUAAAAAAGUUCCUUCAGGUAACGCAAUAUAGUUGGACAUGGAUUCAGCAAAGCAACAUCUGCAACACACAAGUGAGAAUGUGGACUUUGCAGUUCCUUGCUCCAAAUUACUGGUUAAAAUUUCUAGAGAUAGAGCUACCUAUCUAGAUGCGGUUCUUCGCGACUCUGCUGCCAGGCGGCCGAGUGUUGCGAGAAUGAAUAUCGUCGAAAAAGGAUAUGGGGACGAUAGUAACGAAGCAGUUCCAAUACCACCAUCGGAUGAACCAUCUAUUCCUCCUAUCGAACCUCCUCCUGCAUUAACAGAGGAACAUCUCACAAAAUUGGUUUCAUCCUUUGCAACUACUCGGACAAUGCGUUGUCGCUAUAACAGUUCAAUGAGAGCAGUUAAGCAGAGUCACGUAGAAGGACCUUCCCUGGAGAGCUUACAAAUUCAAGAAGUUACUAAAAAGGACUGCACAUCGACUUUAUCUACUUCAUGGGGAUCUCCUGAAAUUAAAGCGACGAAUCAACGCAGCCUUACUUCUUUGAAACACUCGACGCCCAAACCGCAUUGCCAUAGCGUCUACCAAUCAACUGUGAACGUCGCUCGAAAUGUCCCGAGUGGAUCUUCAGCAACUGCGCGUACCUUUUCAGUCGAUGAAAAGCAAUUUGACCGAACAUCUCUAACGUAUCGCCAAGACAAAACCGAACUUUUCAACUCAUCCCUAAACACACGGAGUGCGAGUACACCUGAUAAUCGCAAAGACGACAACGAACUUAUGGGGAAUGCUGUCGGCAAGACGGCUGGCGCUCAAGGUUUUACUGAUUCUGUUGCGGAUACUACUCGAGCCUCUCGUGACUAUCGGCGAAUGGGAAAGGACGAUCACGCCUAUGGUGUGGGAGUCGUGGUAGGAGACAACCGAUAUAGAGGGGAAGGCGGCGAUGGUUCUCUGUGCGAGGACCGACGGGCCCUCUACCGGGGCGCCGACGUUUUUAGCAGCUGCAAAUACACGGAGGCCGAAAGGUGCGCAGAAGCGGAUACCGUCAACGUCCGAGACACAGAGCUACCAACAUCGACGUCAAUAGCAGAAGAAGGAACACUUAAGGGUCACAACGUUAGGAGAAGGAUUAUAUUACCUCAGCUGAGACCAAGUGCUUUACAGCCGCAAAGGCAGAGCACUAUCACAAUGGGAGCACGCAAUAGCAAAAAACUUCCCCAGGCGCGCACGGAGAGCCAUAGCAAUACCGAGGCAACCCAAGACAACUGGCCAACUGCAGAUGAUUCACUCCAGGAAAGCAUCGAAAUUAGCGGUAGUCCGGAACAACUUCAACAGGCGCAUGAACAGGGUCAGCAAGGAAAUCAACAGAUCGAGGAAGAACUGCAUCUACAGCGGCCGCACUUAAUGACAAUAACAAAGCUUAGUACCAUCGAAUUGUCUGACGAUGAUGAUGAUGACGACGACGACGACGACGACGAUGAUGAUGAUGAUCUGCCCGAUUAUCCUACACCUCUCGCAAGAAAGCUUAAGCUGAAGAGAGAUUCUAUAGCAGUAACCAGGUUUCGUUUGAGUCGCUCCCAACAAGACAAAGAAGCUGUCGCCAUUGAAGAAGAGGAAAAUGCCGAAAAUUCGGUAGCAGAUGCUACAGCAGAACAAAGCGCUGACCACGUGCACUUCAACACCUCAACUACCCGUGAUGGAAGUGACGGGAACCUCAGCCAACCCAAUGAUUCUGGCCUCUCACUGAACAGCAACUGUACUACCCCAGCUACUUCGGACCCUGAAUUAUUGUUAAGUUGUUCGACCCUGUCUACAAGUUCGUGGUCAUUAACCUCUGACGUCACGUCUGUAUCGACUCCUUGCCAAAAUGUCACCAUCAGAUCCGCCAGGAAACCGCCUGUUUGCACUGAAACUAUGCCUGGAUUUCUCUCUAUUAAGGAGAGAACUAAUAAACUCUUUCAAAGUCUAUCCACGACGGAGUAUCGCGUCUACACAAACUUAAGCGCACACGGCAAAGCCUGGUAUACCUGGCCCCGCGAAAUUUACGGAGGAUUCCAUAGCGACGGCUUUUUCGGGCGCUCUGUCAUAAACCGAUCACUUUAGCUGCCAAAAUGGACGGUUCGAUCCGGCGCCUUUCGAAAGCUACUGUCUUAUUAGUUAUAAGAUGUGACACUCGAAAGAAAAGGAACUGUCAAGGGACCAGGAAUUGUCUCACUAUGUCGAGUCAUGAAUUAAAGAGAAAUCAUCAUUCCAUGGUUUGCAAUGUUAAUUUCAUCAUUAAGUGAGCUUAAAGCGUUUUUUUUUUUGUAUAAGUGAUACCAAAGGCUAGUGAUAUACUUGGAAGUGGAAAUAUAAUGAAUAGUGAAAAAUCUUUACCUUCGAGCAUCUAAUCUUUAUGCUCGUAUCACAUAUACAGUUGUUAGACAGCAG